CAAAGGACUCGCACGGCUACGGCGCGACGGCACGGCUACGGCGAGCCAUCACGCCUUGUCGCCUCGCCGCCGCCGGUGAUCUGGCCUCCUUGAGCGCCGGCACCAGAUAGCCAUCCCCAUACCUCCCCUCCCCUCCCCUCCCCUUCCCGUCGAAUCGGCGCCAAGAGGAUGGCGUCCCGGUGGGGCAGCAGCUGCGCGCUCUGCGAGGGAUCCAACCUCCCCUCCUGCUGCGCCGCGUGCGUCAACACCAGGUUGGUCGAGUACCACACGAGGCUGCGCAUGAUGAGGAGCCUCCGCGACUCCCUCCACUCCCGCAUCGCCGCGCGCCUCGAGGCCAAGAGCAAAGCGGAAGAGCAGAGGACCUGGAGAGUUAGCAAAACUCAGGAUAUCAAGGAGUUGAGGGAUCGGCUUACUGAAUUGAAGAGACAAACUGAGAUAAAGAAGACCAAGGUCAGGCAGGCAUCGAGUGAUCACAAGGCACAAACUGCAUUGUUGAAUUUGGCCUUUGUCACGCUGAAAAAGAGGCGAGGUGAUGCAACGAUGAUGCACACCAACGCCAUGAAAGUCGCACAGAUGCAUCUCAUGACAACCACCUCAGAACGUUUGAAAAUGCAAUCAAAAGCUAUAAAGCAACUGUGCAGGUUGUUCCUGGUGCAACGAGUUAUUAAAGAUGGAGAAAAGAAAGACGGCUACAGUGGCCCAUACGAUGCAAUAUGCGGAGUUCGUCUUCCUCGUGGUCUCGAUCCACAUUCUGUUCCAUCUGAAGAGUUAUCGGCUUCAUUGGGAUACAUGUUACAACUCGUCAACAUUGCAGUUCGUAUCCUAUCCGCACCUGCUCUUCAUGUAUCAGGAUUUGGGGCUUCAUGUUCACAUAUAUGGCAGCGGAGUUCCUACUGGAACACACGACAGUCCCAGAGCAAGGUUUACCCACUUUUUGUACCUAGGCAAAAUAUUUGCUCGGAUGGUGAGGAAAAUUCAUUGACAGGAAGUGAUUCGGGUAACUUUGGUGUUGACUCUGUGGAUUCUGUCAAGAAACCAUCUUUUGAUUCCAAGAGAAGCAGUAGCUUCAACUUUUCUGCUGCAUCUUCUCACUCCAUGGAAAGACAUCAAGACUUGCAAAGAGGAAUAUCACUAUUAAAGACGAGUGUUACCUCCAUUACUACCUACUAUUAUAAUUCAUUGGGCUUGGAUGUGCCAUCCAAUCUUUCCACUUUCGAUGCAUUUGCAAAGUUGCUCCAUAUGUUAUCGUCAUCAAAGGCCCUUCGAGCUGCUCUUGAAUUGAACAUUGCUUCUAGAUCAGAGAAGCAAGCACAGCAGUUGAACAGAUCAAUUUGGAAGGCGAGCUCGGCCAUCUCAUCCGAGAGCAGUAUUAUGGACAGCAUGCACACAGCUAUCAUGCCGAGCUCCCUGAACAACCUCCUCCUGAACUCCAACGAGAGCUUCUUGUACACCGGUAAGCCAGCAAAGCACCGUGGCGUGCCCGACAGCAUCUUCGAUGGCUGGGAUUUGGUGGAGCGGGAGGUUUUACCGCCACCACCCUCGCAAGCUGAAGACGUUGCGCAGUGGGAAAGAGCCAUGUCUGCUGGCGCCAAAAGGAAAUGAAGCUUGUUUAUGCAUCUCUGAAGACCAAGCUGAUAGAACACUGCAAGAGCUUCAGUUAGAUAUCUACCUGAUCAUGAGUUGUUGGUUUAUGUACAGAACUGACCUCAACCUGUGGCUGAGUUAUGCAUAUUACAGUCUUCACAGACUGCAGACAAGAACGUAGUAGGGUAGGGUUGAUCAGCUCUCAUCUGUACAUCACAUGUAAAUUUGUAAAUAUAACUUUUAUAGCGUUUACAGAAGGAAAUAAAAUGCUUCGAAUGCUCCUA